CUUCUUCCUUCUUGUCGAUCCGAACCCGCGCCAAUAGUCCUCCUAAGAUCUCGCGAUCUCACUACAGAUCUCCAUUCCGAAAUCCCCUGAACCAAAAACUCGGUUAACCCCCUCCUUUUUUUCUCUUAUCUUAAUCCUAAAUUUCAGAUCUUUUGGCAAAAUUAAAGGACGCUAAAUAAACCUAAACAAAAAAUUUAAAACCAUUUACUUUGCUGAAAGUGGAAAGAUUUGUCAUUUGUGUAUAUAUAUGGUCGUUGGUGGAUCCAAUUGUGCUGCGUGGAACGAUUGCACAGCAAUCGAGCAAACCCUAGGGGGUGGCGUGAUGGGGGGAGAUGAUAGUGGCAACAACAUCAAAGAGGAGAAGGUUGGGGAUGUUGAAGAAGGUGAGAUUUCCGAUUCGACUUCAGUGGAGGAGAUCAGUGAGGAGGAUUUCGUCAAGCAGGAAUCCAAGGCUGAGACGACGAAAUCCAACGGCGGAGGAGACGGAGGAGCUAGGGUUUGGACGAUGCGGGAGCUCUACAACUACCCGGGGUUCCGCGGCUACCGGAACGGUCUGGUGAACCUGGCCUGGGCUCAGGCCGUGCAGAACAAGCCGCUGAAUGAGCUGUUUGUGAUGGAUGAGCAGCAGAGGUCGUCGUCGUCGGCGGUGGCGGUGAGCUCCGGCAAUGAGAAGGUGGUGAUUAUCGACAGUGGGGAUGAGAUGGAGGAGGGGGAGCUGGAGGAGGGGGAGAUUGAUUUGGAUUCCGAGAAUGGGAAGGGAGGUGAUAUGAAUGUGGAUAGGGAGGAGAGGGAUGUGGUGUGGGAGAAGCGAGUGAACUUGCUGAGGGAGGCAUUGGAGUCUCUGACGAUUACUGAGGCCGAGAAAUCAUUUGGGGAUGUAUGUCUCCGGUUUCUUGACGGCUUGGGAAGCUUGCGAGGAGUGCUUUCUCAGAUUAGUGUGUCCACUAAAGAAGCUCUAGUCAAGCAGCUGUUCAGUGCUGUAGUUGCUAUUAUCUCUGUGUUCCGCUCCAUGAGCCCUGAUCGGAAGGAGCAGAAUAAAGAGGUUCUUGCAAGGAUACUUUCUUCUGCGAAGAGUGAUCCUUCUCCUUUUCCUGCAGAGCAGCUGAACGAGAUAGAGGUGAUGAGUUCCUCUAUGGAUUCCUCUGAAGUGCAAUCUCAAACCGAAGCACAUAGUAAUGGGAAUGGGUUACAGUCUAUCAAUGGGGAUCACAAUUCGAAUUCUGCUACUGCAGUUGCAAAUGCCAGUCAUUUGUUCACUUAUUCAGCUAAUAAGUCUUCAGAUACACCUGUACCUGUGGUUCAUAGCAAUCCAAAUAUAUCGUCCGAAUUCCCAAGAUCAGGAACAUCCAGUUUUAAGGGUAGGGGGCUCAUGCUACCCCUCUUAGACCUUCACAUGGAUCAUGAUGAAGAUAGCCUUCCAUCUCCUACACGAGAACCACCAGCCUGUUUUCCUGUCCGGAAACCAUUGGUUGUUGCUGAUGGGAUGGCAAAAAAAUCUGGGUCAGAGACAGCUCGGGUGGCCCCAGAUGUACAAGGUUCAAAAUUGCAUGUCUAUGAAACCGAAGCUCUUAAGGCUGUUUCUAGCUAUCAACAAAAAUUUAGUCGCAAUUCUUUUUUGACAAGUGAACUUCCAAGCCCAACCCCUUCAGAAGACGGUGAUAAUGGGGAUGAUGAUGGCACUGGGGAGGUAUCUAGUUCCUCUGCCGCUAGUAAUGUGAGAACUCCACAUCCCCCUUUUUUUGGUCGUCAAGUUAUCUCUUCUCAUCCUCCUACCAUCCUGCCGGGUAGCUCUGGCAUGCAGGGACAAAUCACGGCAAAAAGUGCUGCCUCUGUCAGUUCGGGGUCUAGUAUGCCCAUUAAAUCUUCAGCUAAGAGUAGAGACCCUAGGCUACGAUUUGCCAAUUCUGAUGUUAGUGCUUCAACCCUUAACCAAGAGUCAAUUGCUGUGCAUAAUGCACCUAAAGUGGAUUCUGUUAUCACAGUAAGCUCAAGAAAGCAUAAAUUUGCUGAGGAGUCUAAUUUUGAUGGUCCUGAAUCAAAAAGACAAAGGGGUACAAACUCAGUGGUUGGUUGGGGUACAAAAACUUCUCUUGGAAGUUUGGAGGAUAGCAGUAGUGUUGGACCUCAUUUUAUUGACAGGAACCAGACUGUGGAGAAAAAGUUAGCUGAUCCUAGAAAAAUGGUCAAUGUUUCAAAUUCUCCUGGUACUGUAGAAGGCAACUCCAAUGGCCAAAAUACAGCUAAUGAGCAGCUGCCAUUAAUGGCUCCAAGCUCAGUUUCGUUGCCUGCAAUAUUGAAGGAUAUUGCUGUGAAUCCGACUAUGUUGAUUAACAUACUUAAGUUACAACAACAAAGAGUAGCAGAAGCUCAGCAGAAGGCUGCGGCUCCUGCAGAAAGUAUGACUUAUCCUCCAAGCUCAAUUUCAAUACUUGGUGCAGCUUCAUUGGUGAGUGAUCCAUCAAAGACUUCUGGAGCUUUGCCGAUGUCAACCAGUUCUUCGCAAACGGCUCCAAUGGAUGAGGCAGGAAAAGUCCGCAUGAAACUCCGGGACCCUCGUCGACUUCUUCAUGGUAAUGCACUUAAAAAGGGUGGAAGCUUGGGACAGGAACAGUUCAGAACAAUUGUACCCCCAUUGCCAAGCAGUCAGACAAACAAGGAUGAUCUGAAUGGGCAAAAGCAAGAUAGUCAGGCAGAUAACAAAUUGGUGCCUUCACAGUCAGUGGCUGUAGCAGCCCCUGACAUUGCUAGCCAAUUCACCAAAAAUCUUAAAAAUAUUGCUGAUAUUAUCUCUGUUUCCCAAGUAUCAACAACAAGUCCAACAAUACCUUCUCAGAAUCUAUCUACAGAACUGGUUCCAGUCAACCUGGACAAAGUUGAACAGAAAGCUGUGGAACAGCAUACUGGAAGGGUAUCUGCACCCGAACCAACUGCAGCAAGUCCAUCUUGCUCACCAGCCACGUGGGGAGAUGUUGAGCAUUUGUUUGAAGGAUAUGAUGACAAGCAGAAAGCAGCUAUUCAAAGAGAGAGAACAAGAAGGUUAGAAGAACAGAAGAAAAUGUUUGCUGCACGCAAGCUGUGCCUUGUGCUGGAUCUAGAUCACACACUUCUCAAUUCAGCUAAGUUUGUAGAAGUUGAUCUGGUGCAUGAUGAAAUUUUGAAAAAGAAAGAGGAACAGGAUCGUAAAGAGCCAAAAAGGCAUCUCUUCCGGUUUCAACAUAUGGGAAUGUGGACCAAAUUGCGGCCUGGGGUGUGGAAUUUUUUAGAGAAGGCUAGUCAACUUUUUGAGAUGCAUCUUUACACAAUGGGGAACAAGCUAUAUGCUACUGAGAUGGCAAAAGUGCUAGAUCCAACAGGGGCUCUUUUUGCCGGACGAGUUAUUUCUAGAGGUGAUGAUGGGGAUCCUCUUGAUGGUGAUGAGAGGGUUCCUAAGAGUAAGGAUUUGGAAGGAGUUUUGGGUAUGGAAUCAGCUGUUGUGAUUAUAGAUGAUUCUGUGAGGGUCUGGCCGCAUAACAAACUGAAUUUGAUAGUUGUAGAAAGGUAUACAUACUUUCCUUGUAGCAGACGGCAGUUCGGGCUUCUAGGUCCUUCCCUUCUUGAGAUUGAUCAUGAUGAGAGACAUGAAGAUGGAACUCUGGCAUCCUCAUUAGCGGUUAUUGAAAAGAUACAUCAGAUAUUUUUCUCCCAUCCUUCCCUAGAUGAAGCAGAUGUUAGAAAUAUUCUGGCCUCUGAGCAGCAAAAGAUUUUGGGUGGUUGUCGUAUAGUAUUUAGCAGGAUGUUUCCAGUUGGUGAGGUUAAUCCUCACCUUCAUCCUUUGUGGCAGACAGCCGAACAGUUUGGUGCUUCGUGCACCAACCAGAUAGAUGAUCAGGUUACCCAUGUAGUUGCCAAUUCUCUUGGGACUGACAAGGUGAAUUGGGCUCUUUCUUCUGGAAAAUUUGUUGUGCAUCCUGGCUGGGUGGAAGCUUCAGCUUUGCUUUAUCGGAGGGCAAAUGAGCAAGAUUUUGCCAUUAAACCAUGAAGGACCACAUCCUGACCCUUUCGUUAAACUAAAACUGAUGAACAUAGACUCGUGAAUCACCUGAAGUCGGGAUGGAACCUCAACCCUAGGUCAGGCCAUGCUAGAGUCAAGUCGGGCUUGACGUGACACUGCUUGGCCUUGUUUGUAUUAGUAUGUCCACCUAAUCAAUUGGCGAUUGCAUCGUGAAUUCCCUUGCCAGUUUGCCCAAGCAUUUGACAGAGCCCCGAGCUUCAAAAUAUUGCUUUCAUGAUGGGCUGUCGUUUUGAAGAAGAUCGAAGUGAUACUCGUGGUGGUUUGAACAUGGUUAUUGACUUAUUGUGUUUUGGCUUGGAGCAUUGUUUCCCUAACAGGUUUCCAUCUUGUGAAGGAGAUAAAUUUUGAGAAACCAGGUUCCCUUGACAACUUCCAGAAUCAGAUUCCAUUGACAACUUCCAAUUAUUGGAUGUGUAUACCCAGUGGACAUAUUAGGGGUGAUUGGAAUUUGAGUUUGUGAGGAUCCAAAACGUAAAGUAAUAGAUUGAAGUCGGGUGAGAUUCCGGCACCCGUAGGAGUUAAAGGGGUGACAAUACGGAGAACGGAUUGGAGGUAGAACUGUACAGCACUAAGGAAGUGCAUACUUGCGAGGGACUGGCUGGAUUUGAAUUUGGUGCGGUAGUAUCAUAGUUAACUGGGGCUAGUUGGCUGACAUUCUAUCUAAUUCCUGUCCCAACUUAACUAAAUUGGAUUUGCAAAAUGAAAGCAUGGGGAAAUAAGUUGAUGAAAGAAUCUGACCAUAUAGAAAAGUUGUUUUAACCUUAGCUUUGUAAUGUGUU